GGCGGCGGCUGCGGCUCCGCGGGCUCCGGUGGCUCCCGCCUGCCUUCCCAGCGCUACGGGCGGCCGCAGCAGCGCACACGCCCUGGCCCGGAGGAGCGGAGGCUCGGUGCUAGGUGCUGGGGACUCACCGUGAACAAGACAGAUGGGGACCACCAAGCGCAUGGACCAGAGCCCGGCGUUGGAGACGUGGACCUCACUGUAGGUCUGCCAUGGCCCCCUGCGUCUCGGACCUGAGCCUCCAAAGGAGGAAAUGAUUGUUCCGGGAUCCCGCUCCAGGUUGAUUUCGGAAGCUAGCCUGCACAGGGCGCGGACUGGCCGAGGACAGGAAAGUUUCUGUCUUCCUUUGAAGGACUUUUGAUUUUUGUCAGAGAGGACAUAACCAUGACGACUUCGUCCAUCAGACGGCAGAUGAAGAACAUUGUGAACAAUUACUCCGAGGCCGAAAUCAAAGUCCGGGAAGCCACCUCCAAUGACCCGUGGGGCCCAUCCAGCUCGCUGAUGACCGAGAUCGCCGACCUGACCUACAACGUGGUGGCCUUCUCCGAGAUCAUGAGCAUGGUGUGGAAGCGGCUCAACGACCACGGCAAGAACUGGCGGCACGUGUACAAGGCGCUGACGCUGCUGGACUACCUCAUCAAGACGGGCUCCGAGCGGGUGGCCCAGCAGUGCCGGGAGAACAUCUUCGCCAUCCAGACCCUGAAGGACUUCCAGUACAUCGACCGCGACGGCAAGGACCAGGGCGUCAACGUGCGCGAGAAGUCCAAGCAGCUGGUGGCCCUGCUCAAGGACGAGGAGCGGCUGAAGGCUGAGAGGGCCCAGGCCCUCAAAACCAAAGAGCGCAUGGCCCAGGUGGCCACCGGCAUGGGCAGCAACCAGAUCACCUUUGGCCGCGGCUCCAGCCAGCCCAACCUCUCCACCAGCUACUCAGAGCAGGAGUACGGCAAGGCCGGGGGCUCGCCGGCCUCCUACCAUGGCUCCACCUCCCCGCGGGUGUCCUCCGAGCUGGAGCAAGCCCGGCCCCAGACGAGCGGAGAAGAAGAGCUUCAGCUACAGCUGGCACUCGCCAUGAGCAGAGAAGUGGCCGAGCAGGAAGAGCGCCUGAGGCGGGGCGAUGACCUCAGACUGCAGAUGGCCCUCGAGGAAAGCCGGAGAGACACAGUUAAAGUUCCUAAGAGGAAAGAGCACGGCUCCCGUCCGCCACAGACCCCUCUGCUGGACCUGCUGGACGCCCUCCCCAGCUCAGGCCCCGCCACCCAGAAGUCGGAACCCUGGGCCCCAGCGGCCGCUGCUAACCAGACCAACCCCUGGGGCGGGCCCGCGGCCCCUGCCAGCACCUCGGAGCCCUGGCCGUCGUUCGGUGCCAAGCCAGCUGCUUCUGUCGACCCGUGGGGAGUGCCCACCGGAACCAGCGCACACACUGUCCCCAAGAGCUCAGACCCCUGGGCGGCUUCACAGCAGCCAGCCCCCGGUGCCGGGAAGACAGCUGAUGCCUGGGGUGCGGCCUCAGCCACCAAGCCCAUGUCUGCUUCUGGGUCCUUUGAGCUCUUCAGCAACUUGAAUGGUACAGUUAAAGACGACUUCUCCGAAUUUGACAACCUCCGAACUUCAAAAAAAGCAGCCGAGCCUGCGGCCCCCCCGCCUUCCCAGAACAACGGCACUACGAGCCCCGACCCCUUCGAGUCUCAGCCCCUGCCCGGCACUUCCAGUAAGCCGAGCAGUGCCCGGAAAACGCCCGAGUCCUUCCUGGGCCCUAACGCGGCCCUGGUGAACCUGGACUCCCUGGUGACCAGGCCCACGCCGCCAGCCCAGUCCCUCAACCCUUUCCUGGCACCAGGUGCGGCCGCCACCUCGGCCCCUGUCAACCCCUUCCAGGUGAACCAGCCCCAGCCGCUGACACUGAACCAGCUGCGCGGGAGCCCUGUCCUCGGGAGCAGCGCGGCCUUCGGGCCUGGCCCCGGGCCGGAGCCCCUGCCUGUGGCCCCCGUGACCUCCACAGCCCCACACCCCACUCUGGGGGCCGGGGGCCCCUCUCUCACACCCCUGGGCCCUGCAGCCAUGAACACGGGCAGCGUGGGCCUCCCCUCGGCGGCAGCCCAGGCCUCCGGCACCACCAACCCUUUCCUUCUCUAGCACCUGGCCUGGGACUGGCCAGAGGGUGCUGAGCUGGGUCACUGGUCUGUGGGACGAUGUCUGAGGGGGGGGGUGGGGCAGGGCGGGUCUGGCUUCUCUGCAGCCCCCACCCUCACUGUCCAAGGCAUGUGGGCCCCCCCGUCCCCAGCCUGACUGGCUCUCACCAUCCUUUUCCGAACGCUCAGGUCCUGGCUGGGCUCUGAGGCCCUGGACAAGGAGGCGGGCAUGGGGGUGCGGCCCGCACCCCAGCCUGAGCCAGUGGGCCUGCCUGGCAACUCGGGACGGCCGCCUCGUCCUCGCCUCCACCCCCGGCCCCAGGGGCAGCCCAGGCAGUCCCAGCAUGGACGGAUGAUGGCUGGCCCCGCAGACACCCUGCUGGGGAGGGGGUGCGCCUGGGUCGGUUUCCUUUGACUCUGUGUGAGUUCAAAGCAAGCAGCAGCACCGUGGACAACUCUCGACGUAAAUCCACUAGCGCGAGCUUUCACACUAACCUGAGCAUAACCCUGCCACGUCGGUUCUCUGCUUGUAUCUGUUUGCACAUAAUCUGUUUAGUACAGUUUCAUAUUUGAGUUUGCAGAAUUAUCUAAUAGUCUUUUUUUGGCUAAUAUUUUUAUAACGUGGUUCUUAUUUAACUGUCUAGUUUUGAUAGAAUUGACCAAGUCUGGCUGAAUUAAGAUAUUGGCACGUGUUGUUUAGUGGUUUAAAUCCUCUUAUUUAUGGUUUUAACUCUGUGAAAAGUUGAAAAGGAAGAGCUCUUUGGAUGACAAAAAUGCCUUAUGGAGAAACUAAAGCAAAAUUGUUUAUAGGAAAAAAUAGGGGAAUUUGAUUACACAUAAAAGAUGUUUAUUUAAGAGAAAAAUUCCAACAACAAAAAUCCUAGCCUCCGGCUGCCUUUUCCUUUCAACUCCUCCUUUUUGGUGAAUUGCUGAACCCACUGACUCCCAGAGAGGCUAUUUUUACUGAUAAACCAACAUCCUAAAAGUUAAAAGGAAAACUCUAAUGUAUGAAUGUGACUCACCAGUUUUUAUCGACUAAUUCCUUUUUUAAAUUAAGUAGGCCUGCAGGGAUUAAGAAGGACUUGUGUUUACAGUGGAAUUGGAAGUGGAAGAGUGUCCUCCGCCCGGCCCCCACGCAGGUGCAGGGGGCGGUCCCACGUGGGGGUGUGCGCUGUGCACACAGUCCCAGGGGGCCCAGUCCCCAGGUGGAGGUGGGGCCAAGGGACCAGGGCUGGCCCCCGCCCACCUGCCUGCUAACCCCAGACACGUGCGCAGGCUGUUGUCUCUCAGUUUGGAGAUGAAAUUAAAAAAAAAAAUCCGCACGUGAGUAGAUUUUGAACAGACGUGCACUAAGACUGCCACCCUCUCCUGAGGUCCUGCUGCCCCCCCCCCCCCCCCCCCGCCACGGGUAAUAAAGUAUUAAGUGCAAGUGAAAGGCCAGGAAGGACUUGCUCCUCCCCAAGGAAGGGCCAGCCUGCCUCCGCGUCGUGGGGCCGGGCGGCUUGCCUGGCAGGCGCUCCUGGCUCGCUUCUAACCUGCUCCGAGGACAGCUGAGCGCUGGCCAGCACCUCUCUGGAUCCAGGAGAUGCGCCCUUAGCACCGGCUCCCAGAGGUUGGUGGUCCCCGGGCUGCCCGCUCAGGCCCUCUCCCCGUGUCCUGUUUGAAGAGCCCAGCCUCCUGCCCCUGUGGCCCAGGGCCGGGGCCACAGCAAGGCUGUCUAGGGCUGCCCGUCCAGAGCCGCUGCAGGACGCCUGCCGGGAAGGUGCUUCCCCUCACAUGGUGCGUGGCCCGGGCCAGCCUUACGCCUCCGACUCCGCUGCUGGGGGUCGGGGAUUCUUUGGUCCCAGAUGAGCCCUUCCUGAUGUGUGACAGCCACGAGUCACCAGGGCUCAGGAAGACAGUCCCAGCCCCACCUGGCAGGCGUCCCAAGCACCCAGUGUCCCAUUGCCCACUGCACUGAUCAUGAAGCCACCAGCCACUGCCACGCAUGUUGCUCACGUGCUGUGCCCCCUCCCUCCCGACGGGCACCCCAGUGCGAGACGUCACCCAGCUGUGUGUCAGUCCCAGGGGCCGGUGGCUGGUUUGGAAUUUGUGUUGACUGUUGAUAUUUACUGUAUAAAUAUAAUUUAUC